AGUAAUAGAGCAGCAGCGAUCGGGUGCUACAGUCAUUCUACGGGGAAGAAGAAGUCGUCCUGGUCGGAGCAAGUUCAGCAGCUGGUACUGUCACCUGCGUUACCUGUGUGUGGUCCCUGCUGUCUCCAGUACAUCCCCUGUAGCCAUGCCAAACCAGUAAUGCUGCCGCCACGUGCCUGUUUGCUGCCCUGUUCCUGUGAUUCUCACAUGUAUCUGUAAUGCUGCCCAGUGUCUGUAUUGCUGCCCUGUGCCUGUAAUGCUGGCCUGUCUGUAAUGUUGCCCAGUGCCUGUAAUGCUGCCCUGUGCCUGCAAUGGUUCCCAUGGCUGUAAUGCUGCCCUGUGCACUGUGCCUGUGACCUCCACCCAGUGCUCUGCCUCUCUCCCUACAUGCAGGUUUGACAGCUGCAUCCCUCUGCUUCAUGCUUCCAGUGUCCUGGUCUCUGGCACCAUCUACAACCAGUUCCCUGUUCCCCUUCCCCCACUCCCCCGUCCACUGACUCCUACACCUCCCCUCAGCCAGUCUGCCUCCCCCGGUUAUCGCUGUCAUGGAACCUACUCGGAGAUUCACUAAGAGCAUCCUGAAGCCGGGUGUUGCUGCGGAGAUCAGACAGAGCGCCUCCAAGGCAGUGCGCCCCGGGCAGCGCAGGCAUGAAAAGCCUAAACUCCUGGAGCCAUUGGAUUAUGAAACUGCCAUUACAGAACUGGAAAAUACAUAUUCCAAUGAUCCUCUGAAAGAUCUGGUAUUAUUUCCUGAAGAUGAUUUUUCAGUGGAGACUAUUCCUGUGGAGAGCCAAACCAUUCAUUCUACUGUACCAGAAGAUGCCGAUCAAAAGGUUGAACAUUUAUUAGUGAAAGAGGCCUGCAAAUAUUAUAACUCCCAUUUGCAUGUAGUGAAUUUCAAGUAUGAACAAUACUCUGGAGACAUCCGUCAGUUGCAUCUAAAUGACCCAAAGACCGAAAAGCUUCCUUCACAUUCCUUCGAAAUUGACCAUGAAGAAGCAGACAAGGAUGAAGAUACAACGUCCCUCUCGUCUUCUAAAGGAGGUGGCGGUGGAGGAGGAGGUUCAGGAGUUUUCAAAUCUGGCUGGCUGUAUAAAGGGAAUUUUAAUAGCACUGUGAACAAUAGCAUUACUGUACGCUCUUUCAAAAAGCGUUUCUUCCAGCUGACUCAGCUGUCUGAUAAUUCUUAUAUUAUGAAUUUUUAUAAAGAUGAAAAAAUUUCAAAGGAACCAAAAGGAUGUAUAUUUUUAGACUCCUGUACAGGGGUUAUUCAGAAUAAACAGCUUAGGAAACAUGCCUUUGAGCUGAAAAUGAAUGAUCUGACAUACUUUGUGCUGGCAGCUGAAACCGAGCAGGAUAUGGAUGACUGGAUUUCCACGCUCAACAAAAUCUUACAAAUAAAUCCAGAGGGAACUGUUCCAGAGAGAAGAAGUACGGAUUUAUCUGAUCAGAAACUCGGUGAUCCGGGAGACUGUAUACUGAACUUAGAGACUCAACAGGAGGAAACAGACUGUACAGACAACUCCCUGCACCCUGACCUGGCAAAGUAUCUUACAGAAACUGAAGAGUGUAUAAGUGCUGCUAGAAACUUGGAGCGACACAAUCUGUUCUCUUUAGAUCCCGAUUUAUGUGUAACAAAGCAGAAUUCAGCUGGUGACUCUGUGCUCAAACCGUUUGAGGAAAAGACAGCUAAGAAGAUUAUGGUAUCGUGUAAAUCUCUCAGUCUGAAUCUUCAGGCCUGCGUCAGAGAGAAUGACAGUGAACCAGUAACAAAUAUUGAGCCGUUCUUUGUAAGUCUAGCUCUGUUUGACAUCAGAGAAGGGAGGAAGAUCUCAGCUGAUUUCCAUGUAGACCUCAACCACGACAUUGUGAGACAAAUGAUUUGCACUUCCACAGGAAUGGUGGUGAAUGGUAACACGUCACCAUCUGUCAGUAUUACCAGGGAAUUGGAAGAACCCCAAGUCCACGGUUUUCCUGAGAAAUGGAUGCAGCACCCUAGACAGGCAGUUUUUUCUGUGUCCAAUCCACAUAAUGAGGUGGUUUUAGUUGCCAGGAUAGAAAAAGUCCUUAUGGGAAAUAUCGCCAGCAAUGCUGAUCCAUAUAUAAAGAACUCAGAUUCCAGCAAGUCAGCACAGAAAUUGCUGAAGUCAACAAAGCAGUUUUGUAGCAGGUUGGGAAAGUACCGGAUGCCUUUUGCAUGGACAGUUAGACCAUUAUUUAAAGAUAACUGCGGGAACCUUGAUCGAGAGUCCAGGUUUUCCCACCUCUUCAGGCAAGAAAGCAGCAAGAUUUCUACAGAAGACCUCAUUAAACUGGUGUCAGAAUACAGAAGGGCAGAGAAGAUUAGCAAAAUCCAAAUUAUUCCAGGAAGUCUGGAAGUAUCAGUAGACACUGUACCCAUGGAACAUUCAAACUGUCUUACCUCAUCUCUAAUACCAAUUAAGCCAUUUGGUGAAAUAGAGAAACAUCCACCCACUGUGGAAAUUGAAGAGUUUGUACAAACAUCAACCAAAUACUCUGAGCCUCACAGAACUUACAAGAACCAAAUAUACAUUUAUCCAAAACACCUCAAGUAUGACAGCCAGAGAUACUUUAGCAAGGCGAGGAACAUUAUGGUGUGUGUUGAAUUUAAGAGCUCUGAUGAAGAAGGAAGCCAACCAUUAAAGUGCAUUUAUGGGAAGCCUGGCAGCUCACUGUUUACUACAGCAGCGUACACCACAAUUCUCCAUCAUUCCCAGAAUCCGGACUUUUAUGAUGAGGUGAAAAUUGAGCUUCCCACUCAACUCCAUGAGAAACAUCACAUUCUGUUUUCAUUCCAUCACGUCACCUGUGACAUAAAUGCAAAAGCUAAUGCCAAAAAGAAAGAGGCACUGGAAACACCAGUUGGGUUUGCCUGGCUGCCAUUGUUUAAGAAUGAACAGCUCACUUCACAAGAACACCUCAUUCCUGUCGCUGCCUCUUUACCAGCAAGAUACCUGAACAUGGAAGAUGCCACAUUUGGAAAGCAAACUGGAAGUGAUCUCAAAUGGGUAGAUGGCGGAAAACCACUUUUUAAAGUAUCAACACUUGUUGUAUCAACAGUAUACACUCAGGAACCGUAUCUGAAUAGCUUUUUCCAACAAUGCCAAAAAAGAGAAAAUGAGCUGCCCAAGCCUCCUUCACCGGACUUUCUGGACUCUUGUAAGAAUCUCCUGAAUAUUGACAAGAUUCACAUGAUCAUUAGCUUUCUCCCAGUCUUGUUCAAUCAACUAUUCCAAGUUUUGACAAAAAAUAAUGAUGAUGAUGUCAUCACAAUGACAACCAGGGUCCUUACAGACAUUGUAGCUAAAUGUUAUGAAGAGCAGCUGGAGAACUAUGUCCAGUCUUAUGUAAAGUAUGUUUUUAAAACACAAUCAUAUGCAGAUCGGACGGUCCACGAAGAACUUGCCAAAGGGUUGACGAGCCUUUUAAAAUGUAACGAGCUAAAUACAAUUAAACUUGUGCUAAGGCAUUCACAGUUUUUCUUUGAGAUUAUUAUCAAAUCCAUGGCUCAACAUCUCCAGGAUAAAGACAUGAUGCAGGUUCAUCGCACUAAGAGGUUCCCUAAAUCCUUCCGUGGUGAAUUAGAAUCACUUGUAAUGAGCUUCUCAGAUCAUAUCAUUUGGAAAUACAAAGAUGCUUUGGAAGAGACUAAGAAGGCCAGCCUGAGUGUUGCCUGGUUCCUGAAGCGCUGUUUUACAUUUAUGGAUCGUGGCUUCGUAUUCAAGAUGAUCAGUGGCUGUAUCAGUAUGUUUAGCCCAGGAGACCACAAGAUAUUGUAUCAGUACAAGUUUGAAUUUCUCCAGGAGGUCUGCAGUCAUGAGCAUUUUGUCCCUCUAUGCUUGCCUAUAAGAUCUACAGACAUCCCAGACCCAUUAACACCGUCAGACUCCACUAAAGUGUAUCAUGCACUAGACAUGCCAGAGUACACCUUGACUGAUGACUUCUGUCGGAAGCACUUCCUGAUCGGUAUACUUCUCAGGGAGGUUGGCUUUGCCUUACAAGAGGACCAGGAUAUCCGCCACCUCGCCCUGACAACACUGAAGAGCAUCAUGGCCAAGCACUCUUUUGAUGAUAGAUAUGUAGAUAAGGAAAAGCAAGCCCAGAUCGCCAUUUUAUACUUGCCGUUCUACGGUAUCCUCCUGGAUAAUAUGCCUCGUAUAUUUAUGAAGGACUUUUUCCCAUUUUCAAUUAAUACAUCUAACCAGGGUUCCCGGGAUGACUUGAGCACAGUCACCGCCUCACAGAGUCAGUCCGCAAUAAAACACGGUGCAUCUGCUGAUACCUCAUUUUCUAAAGACGUAUUGAAUUCCAUAGCAGCCUUCUCAUCCAUUGCCAUCACUGCAGGAAACAAUGCUGAUUCCAGGGCGUCACUGGCCAGCCUCGAAUCCAUUCCAAGUGCCAAUGAGAAAAGUGAGAAAAGUGAGAACUGUGAAAAGAUUACAAGGCCGCUCUCCCUAAUUGGGUCAUCUCUUCGCUUUGACAAGCUGGACCACACAGAAACUAAAUGUCUUCUCAUGUGUUUCCUGCAUAUUAUGAAAAUGAUAUCCGAGGAGACAUUGGUCACGUACUGGCAGAGGGCCCCGAACACUGAGAUCUAUGAUUUCUUCAGCAUUCUGGAAGUGUGCCUCCAAAACUUCAGGUAUCUGGGGAAAAGAAAUAUUGUAAGGAAAAUAACAGCGGCUUUCAAACUUGCCCAAACUCCAAUGAACAAUGGAUUACUCAAAGGCUCAUCUUCCCAAGCCGGUCUUCUGCCACAAUGGAUGCAGUCAGUACAUGAUGGCCAUAAACACCCGAGAUCUCAGACUCUUCCGUGCAUAAGAGGCAAAAAUGCACUUUCCAAUCCCAAACUUCUACAGAUAAUAGAACUGACAAAUUCAAUAUCCAGUAAUUCUAACGAAACGGAUAUUGUGCAUCACAUUGAUAUAGAUGGUAAUAUUGCCACAGAAGUCUGUCUUACUGUUCUAGACUUGCUAUGUCUCUUCAAUCAGAGCCACCAGAAAUUAAGCACUACUGACAGCCAGAGUGUUCUAAUGAAGAAAGUGUUUGACACACAUUUGCUCUUCCUGCAAAUCAACCAGUCAGUGGCUGCUCUCCGCCAUGUCUUUGCUGCCCUCAGGAUGUUUAUUUGCAAGUUCCCUUCUGCAUUCUUUCAAGGACAAGCUGACCUUUGCGGUCCCUUCUGCUAUGAGGUCCUGAAAUGUUGCAAUCAUCGCUCGCGCUCCACUCAAAAUGAGGCUUCAGCUCUUCUGUAUUUCUUCAUGAGGAAAAACUUUGAGUAUACAAAACAAAAGUCAAUUGUGAGAUCACAUCUGCAGCUUAUUAAAGCAGUAAGUCAGCUGAUUGCUGAUGCGGGCAUUGGGGGCUCUCGAUUUCAACAUUCACUGGCAAUUAUCAACAACUUUGCUAAUGGAGACAAGCAGAUGAAGAAUACUCUAUUUCCAGCUGAGGUGAAGGAUCUGACCAAACGCAUCAGGACAGUGUUAAUGGCAACAGCGCAGAUGAAGGAGCAUGAGAAGGAUCCAGAGAUGCUAGUGGACCUUCAGUACAGCCUGGCAAACUCAUAUGCCAGCACCCCAGAGCUGCGUAGGACCUGGCUGGAGAGCAUGGCGAAAAUCCACGCCAGAAAUGGGGACUUAUCUGAGGCAGCCAUGUGCUACGUCCAUAUUGCUGCAUUAAUUGCAGAGUAUUUAAAAAGGAAAGGUUACUGGAAAACUGAAAUCAGUCAGGCCCCAAGCAUGCUGCUGGAAGAGGAAACACUAUCAGAUUAUAACGCAUUACUAAUCUCCACGGGUGUAAAAAGUUUAUUUUCCAUGGGGUGGCCAGCCUUUCAGAGCAUCACUCCCAAUAUCAGGGAAGAAGGGGCAAUGAAGGAAGACUCAGGGAUGCAAGAUACCCCCUACAAUGAGACAACUCUUGUGGAACAGCUGGAUCUGUGUGUGGACUACCUCUGGAAAUCUGAAAGAUAUGAGCUGAUAGCUGAUGUCAGCAAGCCAGUCAUUGCUGUGUUUGAGAAGCAACGGGACUUCAAAAGGCUGUCUGAGUUGUAUUAUCGUAUUCACCGCUCCUACCUAAAAAUUGCAGAAGUUGUAAAUGCAGAGAAAAGGUUAUUUGGGCGUUAUUAUCGAGUUGCCUUUUAUGGCCAGGGUUUCUUUGAAGAAGAGGAAGGAAAGGAGUAUAUCUACAAAGAGCCCAAAUUAACAGGGCUUUCUGAAAUAUCACAGAGGCUGCUCAAGUUGUAUAGUGAUAAAUUUGGAGCAGACAAUGUUAAGAUUAUUCAGGACUCAAACAAGGUGAAUCCCAAAGAUCUAGAUCCCAAAUUUGCUUAUUUCCAAGUUACAUACGUCACGCCUUAUUUUGAUGAGAAAGAGCUGGAAGACAGAAAAACUGAUUUUGAGAAACAUCACAAUAUCAGCAGAUUUGUCUUUGAGACACCAUUCACAUUGUCAGGGAAGAAGCAUGGUGGAGUGGAGGAGCAAUGUAAGAGGCGUACAGUGCUGACCACCAGCCAUUCAUUUCCAUAUGUCAAGAAAAGGAUACAGGUUGUAGGUCAGACAAGCACAGAACUGAAUCCCAUUGAAGUUGCCAUAGAUGAAAUGUCCAAGAAGGUUCAGGAGCUGCAGCACCUUUGCACAAUGGAUGACGUGGAUAUGAUAAGACUACAGUUAAAGCUUCAAGGGAGCGUUAGUGUCAAGGUAAAUGCUGGACCUAUGGCAUAUGCCAGAGCAUUUCUAACCGAGACAAAUGCCAACAAUUAUCCAGAGAGUCAAGUGAGGCAUCUUAAAGAAAUCUUCAGACAAUUUGCAGACACAUGUGGUCUGGCCCUGGAAGUAAAUGAGCGGCUCAUAAAGGAGGAUCAGUUGGAGUACCAAGAAGAGAUGAAAUCCCAUUAUAGGGACAUUCUCGCUGAACUUUCUGAAGUCAUGAAUGAACCGGUGAGCUGUGAUUUGUCAAUCAGCUAUCGGGAGGAACCAGCCAAACAUUCCACAGAGAAGCCAUGCACCCUUCGAUCUGCCAGUACAACAAGCACAGGGAUGCCAAGCAUGUCGCUGAAAGCUGAUUCCUGAUUGGACCAUCCUUUAUAGGAACAAUACGUAUACCACAGAUGUACUUUAUCAAAGAACUCUGAAGGACUUGCCUCUUUGGAAUAUAGAUUGUAAUUUUAAUUUAUUGUAAAUCAUCACCACUAGUGCUUAAGGAAGUGCUAGUGUAUAAUAAUAUUGCCUACAGAAUGGACAAAAAAACAAAACAGUGUUUUUAACCCCUUCUCUGCCAAGGGGUUAACCAACGAAAGAUGAGCACUCCCUAUAUUUGUUAUUAUUCAUGCUAAAUCUAAUAUUAUUUUAUCUCUUGCUUAUAUUUUAAAAGUCUCUAUUCAAUGCUUUAUAAUUAAGCAUAUUGUAAAUAGGAGAUGUGUAAAAUUUGUCUUUUUUUAUAGAAAAGAACUUGAGCCCACAAAAUUACUAAGAGUCUAUAGAAAUCCUUAGAUAAAGAUUUAU